AUGGGAAAUUAUAAAUCUAGACCUACCCAAACUUGCACUGAUGAAUGGAAGAAGAAAGUCAGUGAAUCUUAUGUGAUUAUACUGGAAAGAUUAGAAGAUGACCUACAGAUCAAGGAAAAGGAGCUUACAGAACUGAGGCAUAUAUUUGGCUCUGAUGAAGCCUUCAGUAAAGUCAAUUUAAAUUACCGCACAGAAAAUGGGCUGUCUCUACUUCAUCUAUGUUGCAUUUGUGGAGGUAACAAGUCACAUAUUCGAACACUUAUGUUAAAAGGGCUCCGCCCAUCUCGACUGACAAGAAAUGGAUUUACAGCCUUGCACUUGGCAGUAUACAAGGACAGUGCAGAAUUGAUUACUUCCCUGCUUCACAGUGGAGCUGACAUUCAGCAGGUUGGGUAUGGUGGCCUCACUGCCCUGCAUAUCGCCACAAUAGCUGGUCACCUGGAGGCUGCUGAUGUUCUGCUACAACAAGGAGCUAAUGUCAACAUUCAAGAUGCAGUUUUUUUCACCCCACUGCACAUUGCAGCAUACUAUGGGCACGAAGAGGUAACCCGCCUUCUUUUGAAAUUUGGUGCGGAUGUAAAUGUCAGCGGUGAAGUUGGAGAUAGGCCCCUCCACCUAGCAUCUGCAAAAGGAUUCUUUAAUAUUGCAAAACUCUUGAUGGAAGAAGGCAGCAAAGCAGAUGUGAAUGCUCGGGAUAAUGAAGACCAUGUUCCACUCCAUUUCUGUUCUCGUUUCGGACAUCAUGAUAUAGUAAAGUACCUGCUCCAAAGCAAUUCAGAAGUUCAGCCCCAUGUUGUUAAUAUCUAUGGAGACACCCCUUUGCACCUGGCAUGCUACAAUGGCAAAUUUGAAGUCGCCAAAGAAAUCAUCCAAAUAUCAGGAACAGAAAGUCUGACUAAGGAAAACAUCUUCAGUGAAACAGCUUUUCAUAGUGCAUGUACAUAUGGCAAAAGCAUUGAUCUGGUUAAAUUUCUUCUUGAUCAGAACGUCAUAAACGUCAAUAACCAAGGAAGGGAUGGGCACACAGGAUUACACUCUGCUUGCUAUCAUGGUCACAUUCGCCUGGUUCAGUUCUUACUGGAUAAUGGAGCCGAUAUGAAUCUGGUAGCUUGUGAUCCCAGCAGGUCUAGUGGUGAAAAAGAUGAGCAGACCUGUUUGAUGUGGGCUUAUGAAAAAGGGCACGAUGCAAUUGUUACACUCCUGAAGCAUUACAAGAGACCCCAGGAUGAAUUGCCUUGUAAUGAAUAUUCUCAGCCUGGAGGAGAUGGCUCCUAUGUGUCUGUUCCAUCCCCCUUGGGAAAGAUUAAAAGCAUGACAAAAGAGAAGGCAGAUGUGCUCCUCCUAAGGGCUGGUUUGCCUUCACAUUUCCAUCUUCAGCUCUCAGAAAUUGAGUUCCAUGAGAUUAUCGGCUCAGGUUCUUUCGGGAAAGUAUAUAAAGGAAGAUGCAGAAAUAAAAUAGUGGCUAUAAAACGUUACCGAGCCAACACCUACUGCUCCAAGUCAGAUGUGGCCAUGUUUUGCCGAGAAGUGUCCAUUCUCUGCCGGCUCAAUCAUCCCUGUGUGAUUCAGUUUGUGGGUGCUUGCUUGAAUGAUCCCAGCCAGUUUGCCAUUGUCACUCAGUACAUAUCAGGGGGUUCUCUGUUCUCCCUCCUUCAUGAACAGAAGAGGAUUCUUGACUUGCAGUCUAAAUUAAUUAUUGCAGUAGAUGUUGCCAAAGGUAUGGAGUACCUUCACAACCUGACACAGCCAAUUAUACAUCGUGACUUAAACAGUCACAAUAUUCUUCUCUAUGAGGAUGGGCAUGCCGUGGUAGCAGAUUUUGGAGAAUCAAGAUUUCUACAGUCUUUGGAUGAAGACAACAUGACAAAACAACCUGGGAACCUCCGUUGGAUGGCUCCCGAGGUGUUCACUCAGUGCACUAGAUACACCGUCAAAGCUGACGUCUUCAGCUACGCUCUGUGUCUGUGGGAACUUCUCACCGGUGAAAUUCCAUUUGCUCAUCUCAAGCCAGCGGCUGCUGCAGCAGACAUGGCUUAUCACCACAUCAGACCUCCCAUCGGCUAUUCUAUCCCCAAGCCCAUAUCUUCCCUGCUGAUGCAAGGGUGGAAUGCAUGUCCUGAAGGAAGACCUGAAUUCUCUGAAGUUGUUGCGAAGUUAGAAGAGUGUCUCUGCAACAUUGAGCUGAUGUCUCCUGCAUCGAGUAACAGCAGCGGGUCUCUCUCACCUUCCUCUUCCUCUGAUUGCCUCGUGAGCCGGGGUGGGCCUGGCCGGAGCCAUGUGGCAGCUUUACGGAGUCGCUUUGAAUUGGAAUAUGCUCUGAAUGCAAGGUCCUAUGCUGCCUGGUCCCAAAGUGCUGGACAAUGUUGCUCUCAAGGCCUGACUUUGGAGGAGAUGAAAAGAAAUCUUCAGUUCUCGCCCCCUGACAAAUAUGGCUAUGUGAGUGAUCCCAUGAGCCCGAUGCUUUUUCGUUCUUGCCAGAAUAGUGGCAGUUUUGAGGACAGCAGCUGACAGCAUUCGGCAUAUACCUGAG